AUGACUAAAUCAUCCAAUAUCAAGCCUAUUUGGCAGCCCAUUUUGCCACCAGACCAAAUCCCCAUGAACGUCUAUCGCGCCUAUAUCAACCAAAAGUUUAACCAGCGACUUGGCUCCUCUCAAGAAUUGCAUCAAUGGUCUGUUGACAAUUUGCAAGAUUUCUGGGUCGACCUUCAUGAUUAUACGGGGAUUAUUCCGUCGCUGCCUUCGACUGUGACAUCUGCUUUUGAUGAUAGCAUACCUAUGGAGAAUGUGCCUGAAUUUUUCCGUGGAGCAAGUGUCAACUAUGCGGAAAAUGUGGUCUCUGGUCGGGACUUGAGCAAGACUGCUCUUGUUGGAGUUCGUGAGGGUCAAGACCUAGGUGGGGAGGUUUGGACUUGGAGAUUGUUGAGGGAGAAUGUUCGAAAGGCAAGGAGCGCUCUCCUCCAACUUGGAAUCAAAGAAGGUGACCGUGUAGCUGCAAUUAUAUCCACGAGUGUUUGGUCGGUUGGCCUUUUCCUGGCGACAGCAAGCAUUGGAGCCAUUUGGACUAGCAUUGCACCGGAUUUGGGUGACGAAGUGAGCGAUGAUUCGAACGGCUGUAUAUCUCGAUUGCAACAAGUCACUCCUCGCAUCCUCUUCGCCGAUAGUGAGUCGACGUACAAAGGGAAGAUGCGAUCGAAUAUUGCCAAGAUUCAAAAUAUCUUCAAGGCUAUGAAUACAAAGCCACAGGUGUUCUUGAUUCCAAUCACUGGCGCUCAUGAGACAGCAUUUCCCAGCCUGGAAGACUUGCUCUCGAUUUCACGGCAGGAAGAUGAGCUCGGGUUCAAGAGAGUAUCUUACUCUCAUCCCCUUUACAUCCUUUAUACGAGUGGUACUACCGGCCAGCCAAAAUGCCUGGUACACAGCCACAGUGUCAUUCUACAGCACAAGAAGACAUCUGUGCUGCACAACUCUCUCACAUCCGACGAUGUCGUCUUCCAGUAUAGCAGUACCUCUUGGGUCUUAUGGAAUAUCAUGAUCGGUCAUCUCUCCGUUGGCCCAACUCUGAUUCUAUACGAUGGAUCGCCCUUGUGGCCCAGUGCAAAAGGGAUGGCGAAGAUUGCAGAGUACCACCGAGUCACUUACUGGGGCUGUUCACCUCGUUAUUUGCAAGAGCUUGAGAUGACUGGUUGCAUCCCGAAGGAUGAGUUUGACCUGUCCUCUCUCCGCAUGGUGCAAACAGGAGGCUCGCAUCUUGGUGAAGAUCAAUAUCACUGGUUUUACCGAGCAUUCCCGCCAACCGUUCACCUUACCAGUGUCACGGGAGGCACUGAUCUGGUCACUUCUUGGAUUGGAACCGACCCAGCUGGUCCGUUGUAUCCUGGGGAAAUCCAGUUGCCUAUGCUGGGGCAGGAUGUAGAUGUUGCUGAUCCGGUCACUGGAGAAUCAAUCAAACAUACUGGCAGACAUGGCGAGUUUGUCUGCCGCAAGCCAUUUCCAUCGAUGCCUGUCUUUUUCUGGGGUGAUAAUGAUGGAGCAAAAUAUAAGAGCACGUAUUUUGACAAGUUUGAGAACUGCUGGGCUCAGCAUGACUGGGCAAGUUAUAACCCGCAAACAAAGGGUUGGCAAAUCCAUGGGCGAAGCGACGGUGUCCUGAACCCGCAGGGUAUUCGAUUCGGAAGCUCUGAUAUAUACUCAGUCACUGAGUCCGCUCCUUUUAACUCGGUCAUCUCAGCGACCUUAUGCAUCGGUCGGAGAAGACCUCAUGAUUCCGAUGAAGUAGUCUUCUUGUUCGUCGUCAUGCAGCCCGGCAAGUCGUUCACCGGUCAACUCGCAGUCGAGUUGAAAGAUGCAAUUCGCAGAGGGUUGAGCAGUAAACACGUUCCUCGCUUCGUGGUUGGAGUGAAGGAAGUUCCCAUGACGGUGAAUGGUAAAAAGGUCGAGACCUUGGUUAAGCAGGUCAUCUCGUCUGGCCAACUGCCGAAGACUAUCAGCAGCACCGUGGCGAACCCAGGCUGUCUGGAUCAUUUCAGGCACUAUUAUGAUCUUGAGGUACAGAGUGGCGAUAGAGGCAAACUAUAG